AUGAAGAAGUAUCCCACGAUCAUACAGUUUCCGGAGUCAAUUAGGAUUCAACCUAUGAGUACGGACCCGGAAUCAUACUUUCAAAUUAUCGAUGAGCAACAAAAGAAACUAGAACUUGGCGUUAUAAGCAAGACAAAGAUAAUAGAAAGGUACGUUUCGGCUUCAGAUUCAGAUUCAGAUUCUCAAGAAGAGCACGCACAGAAAUUUGUGAACCAGUACCGCAUAGGAGAAAGAUUGGGUUGUGGACAGUUCGGUACUGUUUACAAAGGUCACACAACAGGAAAAGUUGUAGCUAUCAAACAGAUCUAUAAGAAACCUAUGAAUUCCCCCUUUUCUAUGAGCCUAAUAAUGAAAACAAUGAAGAGGUACGAAUCCAUAUCUGGUGAUGUACUUAUCAUGGAAAUGAACGUGAGUAAAAUACGAUGGGAAUGUUUCGUUACGAGUAAACUAAAUCACCCUAACGUAAUUCAAUUAUUAGAAUGUUUGGACUCUCCUUAUUCUGACCAAAUAUGGCUUAUCCAACCCCUCGCAGUCCUUGGCGAGUUACAAUGGUCUAGAGAAAGUAAGUUUGAUCUGAUAGAGCAAUGGAAGUCAUUCUACCGGGGUCAACUUGAUUCAGUAGAGGAGUUCGCAGUGAAAGUGUUAGGAGAUAUAUCAAAUGGUUUACAGUACUUACAAGGACAAGGCAUUAUUCACAGAGAUCUAAAACCGCAGAACAUACUAUUAGAUCCAGUAUAUCAUAGCUUAAGGAUCUCAGAUUUCGGAUGCUCAUUAAUCGUACCGAGCAAACUCCCGUUCAAAGAUGGCAGACUACAGGAUUUAUUUGAAAAAGAACUGAAUAAAAUAGUGGGAACACCACUGUUUACAGCUCCUGAGCUUUGUAAUUUCGCUGAAGGGUCAGCCCAUGCUAGUAAUGAGCAGCCUUUCAAAAUUGAUGUUUGGUCGCUUGGUAUUACAGUGUACGCAAUUUUAUACAAUGUAUUACCGUUCUGGGGAGAAACUGAGUUUGACACAUACAAUCUGAUCUGUCAUCGGCAGUUGAAACCUGACGUUCAUAACAGUUCAAAUAUUUAUGGAUGGAUACAUGAAUACGUUGUUAACCGUAUGCUAUCCAAAAAUACAGCUUCUAGGCCAACAACAUCAAAUAUUUUGCGUACAUUGGAAUCUCAUUCCAAAUCUGAACUAUCAUCAAUGAAUAAAAUGAAGUUGAAGCUAAAUAAAUGGAAAAAAAAUCUACUCACUAAGAAUAAAAAUACCGAAAUUCUUCCUACACAAUCCUUCAAAGAGGAUUUUUGUUCGCCUGCCAGUAGUAUCAAUGCUGCUUCGAUCCCUCUUACAGACAAGAAACAACCAUUGAAUCGAUCCCAUAGAGCGACAGUUAAUUUGGAAAAGUACAUUAAAUAG